AGUGAGAGCGAUAUAAAACAGUUGUUGAGGAAGUUCAUCCUCUCCAGUCCUCAGCCUCCUCCUGUCUUCAUUCUGCUCGCUCAGGAUUCACUGUCUCCAGAGGUAGCUAACAAUACCUUUCUUUUUUAUUUUUUCUGCUUUAUUGAUUUCAUUUUUACUAUGUACUGUACUAUGAGUCGACUUGUUGCUUUUAGUCAUACCAUUGUUUAAUUUGAAAUGAAAAAAAAUGCUAUUCAAAUAAAAUAAAGAAGGUUGCAUUCAAAUGGAAAGCUUGUAUGUAUGCAACAAAAAGUAUUGUGAAAGAUAAAAGAAAAACAGUGCAUAAAUAAAAAGUAAUGAUAAUAAUUAAGCUAUACAUAUUAUUUAGCAUAAUUUCCUUUUCCCAUACCAUAAUGUGAAUGUGUUAUUCCUAAAUGAUUCCAGCGACAGAACAAAGUGCUGCUCUGAUUUGUGUGGGUCAGUGUAAGAUGGCCAUUCAUGUGGAAGGACUGCUGGCCAUCAUCAUCUUCUACGUGCUGAUUUUAGUGGUGGGGAUCUGGGCAGCGUGGAAGAACAAGAACUCUGGGAUCUCGGAGGGAAUGGACCGCAGUGAGUCCAUCAUGAUCGGUGGCCGAGACAUCGGUCUGUUUGUAGGUGGAUUCACCAUGACAGCCACCUGGGUCGGCGGAGGUUACAUCAAUGGCACCGCUGAGUCCGUGUAUCUGCCCGGAUCCGGUCUGGCCUGGGCUCAGGCGCCGUUCGGUUACGCACUCAGUCUGGUAGUAGGUGGGUUGUUCUUCGCCAAGCCCAUGCGCUCUCAAGGCUACGUGACGAUGCUCGACCCGUUCCAGCAGCUCUAUGGGAAGAGAAUGGGAGGCCUGCUCUUCAUACCUGCUCUGCUGGGAGAGAUCUUCUGGUCAGCCGCCAUUUUGUCAGCCUUAGGAGCAACCCUGAGCGUGAUCGUGGACAUCAACAUCAACAUGUCAGUGGUGAUUUCAGCCUUGAUUGCCAUCUUCUACACGCUGGUGGGGGGACUGUACUCGGUGGCGUACACAGAUGUCGUCCAGCUCUUCUGCAUUUUCAUAGGUUUGUGGAUAAGCGUGCCGUUUGCCCUGUCCAAUCCCGCUGUGUCAGACAUCGGCGUCACCGCAGUGAGCACAGUGUUCCAGUCGCCGUGGCUGGGCCAGAUCGAUCCUUCUGAUGGCUGGAUGUGGGCUGAUAACUUCUGUCUUCUUAUGCUGGGUGGGAUCCCGUGGCAGGUGUAUUUCCAGCGGGUGCUCUCCGCCUCCUCGGCCAGCUACGCUCAAGUCCUGUCCUUCCUGGCUGCGUUCGGCUGUCUGGUCAUGGCCGUGCCGUCCGUCCUGAUCGGAGCUAUAGGAGCUUCCACAGACUGGAACCAGACGUCGUACGGUCCGGUUCCUCCGGUGGAGAAGGACGAGUCGGACAUGAUCCUGCCCAUCGUCCUGCAGCAUCUCUGCCCUCCGUUCGUCUCUUUCUUUGGUUUGGGGGCGGUGUCAGCCGCUGUGAUGUCAUCCGCAGACUCCUCCAUCCUCUCAGCCAGCUCCAUGUUCGCACGCAAUAUUUACCAGCUUGCUUUUCGCCAGUCGGCGUCGGACCGGGAGAUCGUGUGGGUGAUGAGGAUCACCAUCUUUGUGUUUGGAGCGCUAGCGACCGCCAUGGCCCUCCUGACGGGCUCUGUGUACGGCCUGUGGUACCUGAGCUCAGACCUGGUGUACGUCAUCAUCUUCCCUCAGCUCCUCUGUGUGCUGUUCAUCAAGGGCACCAACACCUACGGCUCAGUGGCUGGUUACGUGUUCGGGCUGCUGCUGCGGGUCGGCGGGGGCGAGCCCUACCUCAGGCUUCCCCCGUUCAUCUACUACCCCGGCUGGACCACGCGUCAGAAGGAGCACCGUCUCACGCGGGAGGUGGAGCACUUCGUGGAGCAGAGGUUCCCCUAUAAGACCGUCUCCAUGCUGGCUUCUCUUCUGAGCAACGCUGCCUUCUCAUACAUGGCCAAGUAUCUGUUUGAGAGCGGCAGGCUCUCGCCCAAGUAUGACUUCCUGGACGCAGUGGUUACCAGACACAGCAAAGAGACGAUGGACAAGGCCACGCUCGUCGCCCAUGAUAACAUCAUCCUGUCAGAGCUGGCUCCUGUUCAGCCGCGGCACGGAGGAUCUGUGGCAGGAACGUUCCUGAACACCGAUGUCCUGACUGACGAGGGCCACAUGAGCCCGGACUCCAGCGCUGAGUGAUUACAUACUGAAGACAAGCUGCACCCUGACAGCAGGCCAAAACUGUGCAAUACUCAUGGAGGGGAACAAGUAGUGCAAUGACUGUUGACCUGACCUGACAUGAUUGAUGGUAUGUAUGAAACAAGCUUUAGUCUGCUUAGAAUACUACUGUUAUAGUGCAAUAGGUUUUUAAAAGCAUCUGUUACUGUCUGUAAUCUAUUUCACGUUUGAAUGCAAUGGUUCACCCAGAAACGAUCAUGCUGUCUUUACUUACACAGCCUCAAGUCUGGUAUCUGAAAGCGAACAGACCGUUAAGAUCCAAAGAUGAUAAAAAAAGUACUCCUUGUGGCACAUGCACUAUACCCGGCUUAAUAUUAGUAUUAGUAUUUAUAUUUGAUCCAGUCUGGUUUUGGUGUACAUGCAUGCCCAGAUUUGCAGCUAUUGAGUUUGGGAUACAGAUGGAAUCGGCUGUGGGUUUAGGGUCCAGUCAACUGUGUAGUUCAUUACAGGCAGGUACUUAAAUUAAAGUAUUAUGUAAAUCACAUGUUUAAACAGUAAGUAUAUUGUGUGUUGUAUAUUUUUAUGUAACUUGAUGUAGACACGUAAUAUAAAGUGGGUUCUCCAUGUCUCCUGAAGCCUCAUGAUAGCUUUGUUUGGUGAAUUUAAGUCACUGUUCAGUCUAAUGCCAUUCAUAUUCAGACUGCAGAUAUCUCAAGACCCUGCUAUACUUGUGUGGUUUUUAUCAUUAUAGUGAGUUACAUGAUUUUAAUGCAAAAGGUGGAGACAAACAGUCUGGAUGGCUCUAUGGAGUAUAUUAACAUUGUGUGCACACCUACCCAUGGAUUAUACCGCUUAUAUUAUGGUCACAUGACAGCACAAUUUGACCAGAAAGAUAAAAAUGAAAAUGAUCCAUGUCAGAAGAAUGAUUUAUUAUGGUCACGUUUGAAUGCCCUGAAUAAGUGCUGCGUCUCUGUAGUACAGCGGUGAGAGUUAGGUGAGGUUUCCACCUUACUGCGGAGAAUGUCCUGUAAGAUUCAGUUGCAAAACUUGGUAGUGCUGAUGUUGUGUAUAUCAAUAAAACUAAUGAAAGAGUUGAUUGAUGUGCAGUAAUCUGCCUCGUGUUCUGAUUGGUGCUCUGCCUGUGAUCCAUCUGUGACCUGCUUCAGGGUUUUCUCUCUGAUGUGCUGAGAAUACUAGCGACUCAUGCAUUAGCCAUGUUUUAUGAAGCUUGGACCUACACUGAACUAGGAAAUCUCUAGCCAAACCAGCUCAGAUGUUCACAGUAGAUGAUUCGUGUGAAUAAACCUGUCUGAACGUCAGGCCAGUAACACAUCACUGGGUUACACAGAAUUAUAUGUAAUAUAUAUCUAGAGUUCAGUUAGUGAUCCCAGUGUGCAGCAGACACGCCGAUCUUAACGAUGUCUAGAUAUCACUUAUCCUGCACAAAUUGACCAUAAAGAUUAUAAACCUCCUCAGUGCAGACACAUCUCCAAAAACCAAAUCCCGUGUGAGUGAUGCGCUCCUCACCGGCUCGUUUCAGGUCAUUAUACAGGCUAUCGGUCAAUGGUGCCUGUGGUUGUUUGGGAUAUUAAUACGGCCGCUGGGACGCUUGCAGUGGAGUCCAUCAUCAGUCCGGUCGUACAGAGAUCAGAGGUCAGGAUAGAUCCCGAGCUGGACCGAGCUCAUAUACAGCUGGUGAGCCUGAGCAGCGAGUGGUUGGUGUUUGUGGAGUGGAUUUCUGUGUUUGUGUGACCACAGCAGCAGCCAGGCUCUGUCCUAGUCCAGUCUAGAUACACCAGGUCUACUAACAUCACAGACAUUCACACCAAGAGAUGUCACGACUGAGCUGUGUGUGCACUAAAUAUAUAGUACAUAUUAAAGCCAUUUACAUGAAACAUGAUCAGCAUGUGACGGUUUCUGCAGUUUCUCAUUUUCUGACUCAUUUCAAGCGCCCAGAUUUCUGUCUAAUCAGAUGCUCUCUUGAAUAUCUCUUCUCUAUACUUCAUUCAUUUAAUAAAGCGGACUAGCCCUUCAGUGCAGUAUAUACCGCUCAAACACACAUAAGGAUUCAAUACACAUCACAUGUGGAACAAACCGUAUAUUGACACUAUCUGUGAUGUCUGAUCAGUUUCAUCUGCACAGUAAUGUCUUUGAAUCUUCAUGAACUUUAGUGAAGUCACAGAAAUGACGACUCUAGAAACGAGAAACAGAACCGUAUUGUUCAUUGGAUGGUGAUGUGGGAUAUGUUUUAAUGUGUUAAAUUGGCUUGAUUUCUUUGUUUGACGGCCUCAGCUGCUGUCAUGUUCUGUCUCUGUGUCUGGAGAUCUGUUGACUUGAAUGUGAGUGUAUAUAUAUAUAUAUAUAUAGAUAUAAUGAUGAUGAUGUCAUACAAUGUGCAGCCCUGGUCAACAUGAGCAAAACAGUCUGUGGAAAAGUGUUUUAUAAUCAAUCCAACAAAUAUAACCCUCAAUCUGAGUCAAACUACUGAAAGAACCUUGCAGUUUAAAGAAUCCUUUUCUUGAAUUAUAUAAUAAUGUAAUUAAUUCAAUCAAGUGUUAUAUUUUUAACAGCAUAUUUUGCUCAUAUUUACCAAGGGUGCCAAUACUAUUGUCUGUGUGUGUGUGUGUGUGUGUGUGUGUGUGUGUGUGUGAGAGUGAUAUAUAUUUCCAGUUCAACUGUGUAUGAAGGACAUAUUUGUGUGACCUAGAAGUGAUUUGUUGUAUUUAUACAUGUACCUGUUUAUCUGUUGUUGUAAACAAAUAUAUAUUUUGUGUGUUAUAGUUGCUAUAUCUAACAUAGCUGCGUCAGAAGAUUCAGAGAUGUCAUUUUGACAACCAGUUCUGGAUGAAAUAUUUAUCUAUUUAUUGAUUUAAUAAUAAUGU